AUGGCCAAGAACCAUAGCCUCCUCAUCCUCCUUGUGGCUGCCUCUGUUGUGGCCUCUUCAGUCACCGCCACCUCGAGCACCUCCCCCUCUUCAACAGCAUAUGAGCUGCUGGAGAAGUACGGCUUCCCACGGGGAAUCCUCCCGGAGGGUGUUCAAGACUAUGCCCUACAACCAGACGGAUCCUUUGAGGUCUCCCUCCCCGGCGGCUGUGAGAUCAACAUCGGGGGAUUCACUCUCCGGUAUGAAGGAAAUGUGCAUGGCAACAUCCAGUCCAUGUUGAUUAACGCGCUAACAGGGGUGAGCGUCAAGGUUGCAUUCCAAUGGGUUAGCAUCAAUGCAGUUGAACGGCAUGGUGACCAGCUCAUCUUCAAUGCAACUGUGAUAUCAAAAUCGUUUCCUGUUAACAACUUCUCCAGGAGCCCGCGCUGCAACCGAAUCCCCGGAAUUCCAAAGUAG